AUGUAUGACACCCUGGAAUCUAUGGACUGUUUGGGUGAAAUGAACUCUGACAACCUUGAAAAGAUUAAUUUUAGGCUACCAAAGUGGGCCCAAACGAAGUUCUGCGAGCAUAUGAAGAACCUCGAACGCCAAGGUCGCGUUAUGCCGACCUUUAAGGACGUGGUCAAUUUUCUUAACGAUCGAGCAGAUGUGGCUAAUCAUCCGUUCUUGUCGAAUCCUGUAUCUGAGAUGAAGACUCAGAACUAUAAGAUACCCGCUUCGAAGUUCACCUCCAUGGCGACGGAAGGAGCCACGGAUCAAAGUGAACAUGGCAAUGCAGUUAAAAAUGACAAGAAAACCGGAAAGUGCCCGAUGUGUAUGCGGUCACAUCCCCUCUAA